CGAGAGCUGGUUGUGUCGGGUUUCGGUGCAGUGGGGAAACGUUAUUAAAAUAUCCACAAACAUUAAGAUAAUUGCCCUGAAUUCUGUGCUUGUGUGCGUUAGUGUUUUUUUCACUCGGCCACUAGCAAGAACGGUUUUUUCCGAACUGAUGACUGUUAUCACUUGUGGUGUGUAGUGUACGUGCGCCGAACGAUUUGACUCGAAAAUGACAUCAGUGACGUGAAUCGGGAGGUGAAAAUCGGGAAAAUUCGAAAAUCCAAGGGAAAAUGCACCCCACGUGCUACGUAAUUGUUCAUUCGCACUGCACGGGCUAAUUGAUCGGCAAUUAUAUCCCUGUCCCGCUCUCGCUAAUUACCAACAAUAAUAAUUUUGAUUGCGCCUCCUCUAGUUACGAUAUAAUUGAUCCAUUUUCAAAUCAAACGAAUCGAAUGUUUCAAUUGAUCGAAUAAUUCAAUUGGUUGUAUCAAACUGAAAGUUUUUGAGUGCAAAAGACAAGUGUGUAAAACUAAGUGUCGUGACAAUUUGUGUGAAUAUAAUUUGUUGUGGAUAGUGAUAUGCUGUGGUCUCACAUUUGAUUUUCGUUGAACCGCUGACCAAGCGGCGAGAUCCCGGAGUCGACGCAAGCCCUCAAAAUUACCCGUAUUCAAUCCCCCAGUACCAAACCCUCCACGCUGAGUUUCACAGAUCCCUUCGGGCCUCCCCAGUCCUCAGACGGGGGGGGCCCAUCGACCCCUCAGCCCGCCAUGACCUCCCAGGACAUAGACCACCAGCACCACCACUUAGGGGGUUCGCAGACCCCUCACGAUAUAUCCAACUCGGCAAAUUCCACCCCAACGAACGUGUCAUCCAAAUCCGCCUUUAUAGAACUACAGCAGCACGGUUACGGUCCUUUCAAGGGGGGGUAUCAGCAUCCCCACCAUUUUGGCAGUCCUGGGGGGCAGCAGAACCCGCACGAGGCGUCGGGGUUCCCAAGCCCGCGGUCGUUAGGGUACCCCUUCCCUCCCAUGCACCAGAAUACCUACGGGUACCAUUUAGGUUCCUACGCCCCGCAGUGUGCCAGUCCGCCUAAAGAUGAAAAAUGCGGCCUCUCCGACGACCCCGGGCUCCGAGUGAACGGCAAGGGCAAGAAGAUGCGGAAGCCCCGCACGAUAUACUCCAGCCUCCAGCUUCAGCAGCUCAACAGGCGGUUCCAGAGGACACAGUACCUCGCCCUCCCAGAGAGGGCCGAGUUAGCGGCUAGCUUGGGGCUGACGCAGACUCAGGUCAAGAUCUGGUUCCAGAACCGGCGCAGCAAAUACAAGAAGAUGAUGAAGGCCGCCCAAGUGGGCGCGCCGCCGCCCAGCCUCGGCCUUCCGCCCGGGAGCCCGCCCAGUAAUAACCAGCUCUUACACGGUGGCGGCGGCAGCUCCAGCGGUUCCCAACACUCCCCCUCGGCGUACCAGUCAGGGGGUCCCACGCAAGCCCACUCGCCCACGCCCAGCUCUACCCCCGUCUCGGAGUUGUCCCCUGGGCUGUCCCCCACGGGGACACCGUGGGACGUCAAGCAACCCCCGCAGCCUGCUUGGGAUGUAAAGGUCGGAUAUCCGACGGCAGGCCGGUCGCCGGACGGCACGUCUUGUGACGUCAAACCGCCGCACCAGCAGUCGUGGGACCCGCGGGUCGGUUACGGCGCGCCACCCGGCCCGUGGGACAUGAAAGGCGCGCACGCGCACGCACUCCACCACCAGGCGGCGCCGCAGCCGCACCCGCCGUACGUGCCGCAGUACUCCUGGUACCAAGCUGACAACCCCGGCUUGCUAACGUGAGGUCUGGCCAGCAGUUUAACAGCCAUGGAAGAAGAAAAAAACUAACACUAAUUUCGAAUUAUAUGUAAAUGUCACUUUAAAAUACGAAUCACAAAAUGGCGGCCAGAACAAAAUGGCGUUGCCCCCGUUUUGCGUAAUAUCGGCACAACCAACAUUAAUUUUAAGAAAUUAUUUAAUAGAAAUAUGAAAUGAAGCAUUGUAAAUUUUUUAUAAUUAAAAUAGUUUAGGUAGUAUUAAAAAACGGUAUAUGUAAAUGUUAUGUAUUGGGAGGUGGAAGGAAGGACAGAGCGACUGUUUGACACCUAUCAACAACCAAUCCUGUGAGUACAUUUCUAAAAAUCUUUUGAUUAGAUUUGUUUUGUUUUAUCGCAAUUUUUAUUCAUGGUAUUUUUAUUUUGUAAAAAUUUGGUAUUAUAAAAACUACGGUCAGUUUUUUAGGUUUUACAUAACAAAGGUUUAUAAUUUAUUAAUACAACUUGAAUGCAAUUAAUUGUUAUUAAUUCAAUGGUUGUUCAUAGCCUUUGCAUCAUAAAUUACACUGUCUUAAAAAAGUGUCAAAACUUAAAAAAUCACAAAUCGAAGUUAGGACUUUAAAAAAGUUUAAAUACCACCAUAUUGUUUGAUGAUUAUUGAUUAUCUAUUUGUAAAAUUUAAAAGCUUUACAAAACCAUGUCUUAUAAUAAACUUGUGAAGCCUUUUCAAAACUAGCAAAAUUAAGUUUCUUAUUUUUUGAAAAUUAAAUAAAUUAAGCUUUAACUAAAUUUUUUAUUUAUUUAGAAUAAUUUCAUUAAAAAUAUAUCAAAACGGGAAAUCAAACCAGUCUGUUGUGAUAAAUAAUUUUAAGUUUUUAGAACAAUAAUAACUAUUGUUUAAACUAAAAAUUAUUGUAUUUAUUUUUAUUUUUGUGCAAAAAUUGUGUUCUGAAUGCAAAACUAGCUAUAUUUUUAUCCUAAUGCAAUCUGUUUAUUACUUGUAAAUAUACUUAAAAUCUAUCCAUAAUAGUUCUUUUUAAACAAAUAAAAAAUGACUGGAACUGAAAAACGCAUUGGUAACAGUUGAUUUUUAAAUUGUUCUUAUGUAUAUUUUGUUUUAAAAAAAACAUACCUACACAAAAAUGUUUUUAAAUUGUUUUUUAAUUUAUUUUAUGGAUAGACUAAAGUAUAUAGAAUUUAAUUUCUAGAAUGGGACUUUACGGGAUGAAUUACAUUUGUAAAUAUUUUUGUAUUAUAUAGGAAAAUGAAGUAUACAUAUAGAUAUAGGUAGAUAGCAUAAUUACUUUACUACAAUGUAUUAUAAGGAAAGCGGAAAUAAGAAAAAAAAUGAAUUAAUUUCUUUUGUCAAAAUAAAAAGAGAAAAAAGAUA